AUGGAUACCGAACAAGCAAAGCAGGCCGAGGCACUCGUCUUGAAAGCUUCACGCACGUACGGCAUUCAAUCCAGGAGAGAUGAGGUGCAGGCUGCCUUGAGUGAUCCCCAACAUGGGUCUCUAUUUGCCGAAUGGGCCUUGAUGCAUCUGGACUCUGAUACACUGUUGUCAGCCGACGAACUUGAUGUGUACAUGGCACUGGACAAGAAUGGGCGCGUAGAUCAACUGGCUGACUUGUAUGACCUAGCCGAGGUGCAGGCCGUGUUGGACGACGAGUUGAGGGCGGCAAUUGAAGAAUUGAAGCGAUCUACAGAAACUAUUACCAAACAAACGGAAACAUUGCGGAAGCAGCACGAAGCCGUGUCCAGAAUGAUCAAGAGGCAAGCUGAAAAUACUACUCGCCGAGAGGGUAUAGAACGCGUGCAAAAGAAAAAGAGCGAGCUUGAGCGCGCCCAACUCACCAAGGAAGUUGAGAGAAUUUCCCGGGAGAUUACACUUCGGCUAGGAGACGUGGAGCAGCAUGGCACAGUUCUCAACGAUAAUAUCGCCACAGUACUUCAAUCUGACGAUAAACUGCUAUCAAGCCUACAGAAAUUGGGAUGGGAGCUCGAUCAACCAGAUCCAGACGAAACGCAUGCCAUUGAAAGGCUUCGAGAGACGUGCAUGCGCCUGAUUAAAGCGACUGUCGAAACGGUUCGCACAAGGUUAGACACAGUCUACUUGGAUACCCUUGUUACAGCGGAGCGAUCCGGCAACGCAGGACCAGCAACAAACGAUGAAGUCAGAGACUUGCAGGAAGAAGUGGAAUCGCUCUACUCUGAGAUUCUAUCAGUGGCCCAAAUGUCUGUGGAACAACAACAUCUCGACCCAGCCCUCAGGGCUGUCACGGCGAGAAGUGGGCAAAGUAUAGGGAAAACAGCUACAUCCUUGAAUUAUAUCAACGAAUGCCUCACCUACCUGCUAGAUCGAAUGGAUAAGCUCCAUGCACAUGUCCAGUCACACAAGUCCCACCAAGCAGCAGCAGCAGCAAUCACAGCAACCGCAAAGGCAGAGCUGGCCACUGAUGUAGCUCCUCCUAGAAAGGCAAGACCGACAGUCCUGACAUCCCCCGUACGAACGCGCAGCAACACCGCCGAAACACGCCCUCGACGAAGAUCAUCCGGUGUCCACGAAGAAUCAGCACUGGAAACACUUCUGCAAAACUUGGCCGUGACAUUACCCAGUGACGGUACCAAGCCACAAUCUCAAAUCGCGUACCUGGAAAAGGUGCUAGCUGAACGAACUCGCAAAUCUAACGAUGUGGAGAAAGGAGCACAGGAGAGUUUCGAAAUCGCUGCCCGCGAACAAUUGGAAGAUGCGAGACGGGCGGUUCAGCUACUCCGGGAUAGUCUACUUGCAGAAACUCCCUUUGGCGAUGUGAAGUUGGUGGACCCGGAGAUUGAGGGCUCUAUUAUGGUGCUUUCUCAAGAGGUGGAUAAGGCUAAGGAGAAAUUGAGUUCGCGUGAAGGGCAGACUAUUAUGGCGAGGAGUGAGAAGCGGGAGGAUUUUAUUCAGAGAUGGGGGUCAUAG